AAACAAAAAAAAAUAAAAAACUGCAAACAAUUAUCGGAUCAAAUUUCACUGAGAGAAAAUCUGAUCGAUAUUUGAUGGAAGCCCCUUCUGGAGCAGCCUCUUCAUCAUCAUCGUCUGUUGAAUUCGUGUUUCACGAUGAUUUAGAGUACGAAUUUGUUGAAGAAGUCGAACGCCUUUCGAACUGGGAGUUGCUCGAUGCUUCAGAUGCGGAUUUCGAAAUAGAUGGAAAUGGAGAUGAGCAGGAAGAAGAAGAAGAAGAAGAAGAAGAAGGGGAAAGUUGCAGCGUUGAUGUCCGAGUUCCUAAGGAUCUUCGAGGGAAGCGUGUUGUAGCGAUGCCGAUUUCUUCUCUUGUUGAGGAGCGAAUCGAUGGUCCCUUCGAUGAUGUUUAUUUGCUUCAGAAUCAGGUGGAAAACGGUUUCGCGUACGGCUGUAACGAUCUGGAGGAGGAUGAAUCCGACGACGAUGUUGUUGAUGAUGAUGAUGAUGGCGAUGAGUGCGAUUUGGACGACGAACUCGUUCCGUGGUCCGUUAGUGACAAACUCGGACGGCAGAGGAUGAGGAAAUUAGGGAAAAGAGGUUUUACGAGGAUGUAUAAUUCGAAGAGAUCGCCGUUUUUGUUCACCAAGCCUGGAUGUGUCCGCGGCAAGCACGGACUCGGAUUGAAGCACAGUUCUUAGGACAAGAACAGCUUCAAGAACGCGUCUGCUCCAUCAAGUGCAUUCCAAAAGGUAACCGAAACUAAUUCCAAUUUAGCUUACAAGUAAAUAGAUGUUGUAAAAGGAAAAAUUAGUAGUUGCGUUUGCUGCAAGUAGAAGUAACUAGUUAAUCUGUAAACCUAAUUUGUUGGAAUGGUUUCUGAUGAACAUCAACACUAACUUCCAUAUCAUCUUUAUCUUGUGUCCAUAAAAUUUGUAAGAUCUGACUUUCCUCAUC